UUGAAAUGUGGCAUCACUGUUUACUUCGACGCUUCUGUGUUCGUUCCCAAUGUGUCUGAAGAAAUUUUUGAAUUUUCUCUGAAGAAUAACUCGUAAAUGUGUUGUUUUAAAAAUUUGCUACAAUAAUAUAGUGGUUUAUGAUAAAUAUAAUGGCCGUAGUAAAACUGAACGCAUCUACUUCACCUUCGAUUGAAUUAAGUUCGUACAGAGAUCAACAUUUUAAGGGAUCUAGAGCAGAGCAAGAUAGACUUCUUAGAAGUUCCUCUACUUUAUAUGUUGGUAACCUCUCUUUUUAUACUACAGAAGAACAAAUAUAUGAAUUAUUUUCCAAAUGUGGAGAUAUUAGACGUAUCAUUAUGGGCUUAGAUAAAUAUAAGAAAACUCCAUGUGGUUUUUGUUUCGUCGAGUAUUAUCAAAGACCAGACGCAGAAAAUUGUAUGCGAUAUAUUAAUGGUACACGUCUUGACGAUAGAAUUAUUCGAACAGAUUGGGACGCAGGAUUUAUAGAAGGCAGACAAUAUGGACGUGGAAAGACAGGAGGACAAGUAAGAGACGAAUAUAGAUCUGAUUUUGAUAGCGGAAGAGGAGGUUAUGGUAAGAUAAUUCAACAAAAAGUAACACCACUCUCAGAUGGCAAUUUUGGACGGUGAAAUAAAAAUAAUCGGCAUUAUUCUAAGCUGUAUUUAUCUUUGUUCACAAUUAAGUCCGAAAUACAUAUUAAUGUAUUUAUAAAUAUUUAUCCUUAUAAUUGGCUUUAUCAAUUUUUUUUGAUUGAUUACUUUUUUUUAAUAAUAUUUCAAUAGAUACAUAUAACUUUUAGUAAAAGAAGGAGAAACAAACAUGCUAGUAUUGAUGAAAUAUUUGCAGCCAACAAUAUAAUAUAAUAUGAACUAAAAUAUUAUAUUCAAUUUCUAUGUAUGUGUGAAAACAUAAAGUUUAUAAAAAAGAAAGGGGAGACAAUGAUGAUAAAUAAUGUAUCUUAUUAUUAUAAAUAACUGUCAACAUCAUCCAUAAUUUUUUUUAUGAUUUUGUUUUUUAAAUAUAUAUUAAACAUUAAUUUUGUAGUAAAAUGUAUCAUCUUUUUAUUCGUUUAUAACUGUAUAUUAUAAAUAAAUGUAAAUGCAGUCACAGUUCAUGUAUAAGUAAAUAAUGAUUCAUGUGUAUUGAUAAAAUUACACAGAUUAUUAUAUA